CAGACAACAAUGUUGCAGACAGCAGCACUGCACUCUGUAAAAGACACUUAUGUAACAACCCGUUCCCAUUAUUUUUUUGUUAUGAAACGAAGAAAAUGCCGUUUUUUGUGACUGAGUGGACUCUCCUCUUUGUCCUGUUGCUGACCACUAUCUUUUCAAUGACAUCCUACUGACUGAACGGUAAUUUGUUUUGUAAACUCUAUAGGCAACAAUACUUCCCACCAUGCAGUUGGAGGCCCAGUUGCGUCUUUGUCAGAGCUGUCUAUGGUGCUGCAAGAGCGGACUGCGCCUGCUCUUUCAGAGCUCUGUGCACAGAGCGGCAUUUAACCACUACGACCUUCUUGGUGUAAAACCUGAUGCCACACUGGAGCAAAUCAAGAAUGCAUUUUUCGAUAAAUCAAAAAAGAUGCACCCAGACAGUGACCCGUCUAACCCGGGGCUGCAUGGCCAGUUUGUGGAGCUGAACGAGGCCUACAGGGUGCUGAGUAAGGAGGUGUCCAGGAGAGAGUACGACCUGCGGCAACGGCACCCUUACACCGGGGGACAGGCCUUCAGACCCACCUCCACAUACAACCCCAGGGCGGAAGCUCAGGAGAGUAUGCGCUACUGGGAUCAGUUCAAACACUCUCAGCCUCAGGAGACCACAGCUGAGGAGUGGGAGAGGAAGAGGAAGAGGAACUUUACAAUAGUUAGCUACUGUAUGCUCAUCAUGGGCCUGAGCAUCAGCGCUCACGUUCUCUUCUUUAGAAAGUUGGAGUCAGUCCAUAACAACUUCAUGGACGAAAAGGACAGGGUCAUCACACAGAUCUACAACGAGUCCAAAGAAAGGGCAAGAGUGAACGGGUUUAAGAAGCAGACAGAGAUUCUUAGACAGAAACAUGCAGACUUCCUGGAGAAAUACAAAAUCACUCGCAACAGUGGAGAGGACAAGUAGGAGUUUCGUAGAAUAAGAGUACACCUUAAAACAAGGUGGAUUGAGUUGGCGGAAGGCCAAUGAAGAGGAAUGGAGUCAGUCAGGAAGGGGAGUGAAUGGUUGAGUGUGUUAGGAGUACCUAGCUUUCAAAGAAAAUAACAUUGGGGCAAACGAUGAUGUGCACAGCUGAUGUUUGCUUGGAGCUCGGAUACUAAGCUGAGGAGUAAAAAGAAUAUGUGUAUUAACAACAGUAUGUAAUGCCUGGUUGAAACUGGAACUGGAACAGCAUAUGGGGUACGUGUCUUUGUCACAGUAGAAAGUCGACCCCAGACGUUCUAGGUUUCUUCAGAAGGACAAUGUUUGUGGAGGUUUGGUCCGUAAUCAGAAGACUAACAGCAGUAGGACCUGGUCGUUAUAGCAACACAUCUCUUCCUCUGUUGGAUGGAACCAAGACUCCUGUUAGCCAGUUGCUAAUUGGUUCACAGUGACAUGCCAUUUUCCCCCAUGCCCGUUCAGAGGAAGUCUGAUUGGGGUUCAUAUGACAGUGGGAAUUUGCACACUGGAGAUCCAGUACAGUGUUGUGUACUGAAGACAAAUCAAAGGUAAAAAUCCCUUCAUGACGGAUAGGGGGUGCUGUGUACAGCUUCCCUUGAACCAAUGGGAUUCAGUCAUUGUGCCUCUCUGUGAGUCAAUGAUAUCAUGGAACUCUUGACAUCGCUCCUGGGCCCAUGGUGGACCCAAAUACAGUCAUAAAGAGUUUUUCCUGACAAUGAUACCUAUAGGCAAUAUUUCGGGCCUAGAGCAUUUCCUGGUAAUAUGAUGAGGGAAAACUGUUCCCAGAUACAAUGCAUUCGGAAAGUAUUCAGACCCCUUGAUUUUUUCCACAUUUUGUUACAUUACAGCCUUAUUCCAAAAUUGAUUAAAUAUUUUCCCCUCUCAUCAAUCUACACACAAUACCCCAUAAUGACAAAGUAUAAACAGGUUUUUAGAAAUGUUUGCAAAUUUAUAAAAAACUGAAAUAUCACAUUUACAUAAGUAUUCAGGCCCUCUACCCAGUACUUUGUUAAAGUACCUUUGGCAUUAUUCUCUGCCGUUAUUCUAAAGCUCUGUCAAGUUGGAUGGGGAGUGUUGCUGCACAGCUAUUUUCAGGUCUCUCCAGAGAUGUUUGAUCGAGUUCAUGUCCGGGCUCUGGCUGGGCCACACUAGGACAUUCAGAGACUUGUCCCGAAGCCACUCCUGCGUUGUCUUGGCUGUGUGCUUAGGGUUGUUGUCCUGUUGGAAGCUGAACCUUCACCCCAGUCUGAGGUCCUGAGUUCUCUGGAGCAGGUUUUCAUCAAGGAUCUCUCUGUACUUUGCUCUGUUCAUCUUUCCCUCAAUCCCGACCAGUCUCCCAGUCCCUGCCGCUUUUAACAUCCCACAGCAUGAUACUGCCACCACCAUGCUUCACCGUAGGGAUGGUGCCAGGAUUUCCCCAGACGUGACACUUAGCAUUCAGUCUUGGUUUCAUCAGACCAGAGGAUCGUGAUCUCUCAUGAUCUGAGAGUCCUUUAAGUACCUUUUGGUCACUACCAUAAAGGCCUGAAUGGUGGGGUGCUGCAGAGAUAGUUGUCCUUCUGGAAGUUUCUCCCAUCUCUACAGAGGAACUCUGGAGCACUGUCAGAUUGAUCAUUGUGUUGUUGGUCACCUCCCUGACCAAGUCUCUUCUCCCCCGAUUGCUCGGUUUGGCCGGGUGUCCAGGUCUAGGAACCGUCUUGGUGGUCCCAAACUUCUUCCAGUUUAGAAUGAUGCAGGCCACUGUCUUCUAUGGGACCUUCAAUGCUGCAGAGAUGUUUUGGUACCCUUCAACAUGAUCUGUGCCUCGACAUAAUUCCGUCUCUGAGCUCUACGGACUAUUCCUUCGACCUCAUGGCUUUGUUUUUGUCUGACAUGCACUGUCAACUGUGAGACCUUAUAUAGGCAGGUGUGUGUGCCUUUCCAAAUCAUAUCUAAUCAAUUGAAUUUACCACAGGUGGAAUCCAUGUCAAAACAUCUCAAGGAUGAUCAAUGGAAACAGGAUGCAUCUGAGUUCAAUUUCGAGUCUCAUAGCAAAGGGUCUGAAUACUUGUGUAAAUAAGGUCUUUCUUUUUUAAAUGUAUACAUUUGCAAACAUUUCUAAACACCUGUUUUCGCUUUGUCAUUAUGGCAUGUUAUUUGUAGAUUGAAAAAAAAUGUAUUUAAUACAUUUUAUAUUAAGGCUGUAAUGUAACAAAAUGUUGAAAAGGGGAAGGGGUCUGAAUACUUUCUGAAUGCACUGUAUAAUCAAUUUUUUUUUUAUUGAAAGGACAUGGAAUCAAGAAAAACUUGAAAAUGAAGUCAUAUUAUGACUUUCUAAAAUUGUAUUUAAUUGUACCCUUGUCUGAUGUUGACAAAUAAAUUUUAGGAAUGUUAAUUAUAAAAGGGAAAUAUUUGAUUUAUUGCCCAUGUGGGCAACCUCAAUCUCUGAGAUGAGGAUAUUGUAUUUAAUUUAUUGCUAUGUUGACUGCCAACUGACACUUACCAUAAUGCCUUGUUUCAGUGUCUUAUUAGUCACAGAUUGUGUUUCAGAGUGAUUUUUUUAUGACCGCAUUUAAAAUAACUCUUCCCAGUGUCAUUAUAGAUUCAUUCAAUGAUAAAUAAAUACUGUUCCUCUGGUCUCAACCCAAAUCA